UUCAGACGAACUGAGCCGAGCUUCGCCGAGUUCAGACGAACCGAGCCGAAUGUUGCCGAACGACCGAGCCCCGCCGGGUUCGGCCCAACCGAGCUGAGCGCCACCGAGCAGAACGAACGGGCCCGAGUUGAGCCGAGUUGAGCCUCGCCGAAGCGAGCCAAAUGGAGCUCAGCCGAAACCAAUCGCCUGCUCUCGUGACCAUUAAUUAGCGCGAGGGCAGUCACUGCCUAAUGAACUCCUGCCCGACCCUGCAGUGCCGUCCGUAGCCGCGCGAUGGCCGGGCCGCCCGCCCGCGGGACGGGGCAGCGGGAAAGCACCGAGCUCUGGGUGUUUAACGUGAGGCGGCGGCCGCUUUCCCGCGCAGCGCCUGGGCCCGGCCGGCGCCGCCGAGCCGACGGAGCGUUGCCGAGUUCGGCCGAACCGGGCCGAGCGGCGCCGAGGGCAGCGCCUGGCCCCGAAUUCAGCCGAACCGAGCCGAGCUUUGCCGAACGACCGAGGUUUGCCGAAUUCAGCCGAACUGAGCCGAGCUUCGCCGAACGACCGAGGUUUGCCGAAUUCAGCCGAACCGAGCCGAACGCUGCCGAACGACCGAGGUUUGCCGAAUUCAGCCGAACCGAGCCGAACGUUGCAGAACGAACUAGCCCUGCCGAAUUCGGCCGAACCGAGCCGAGCCCUGCCGAACGACCGAGGUUUGCCGAGUUCAGACGAACCGAGCCGAAUGUUGCCGAACGACCGAGGUUUGCCGAAUUCAGCCGAACUGAGCCGAGCUUCGCCGAGUUCAGACGAACCGAGCCGAAUGUUGCCGAACGACCGAGCCCCGCCGGGUUCGGCCCAACCGAGCUGAGCGCCACCGAGCAGAACGAACGGGCCCGAGUUGAGCCGAGUUGAGCCUCGCCGAAGCGAGCCAAAUGGAGCUCAGCCGAAACCAAUCGCCUGCUCUCGUGACCAUUAAUUAGCGCGAGGGCAGUCACUGCCUAAUGAACUCCUGCCCGACCCUGCAGUGCCGUCCGUAGCCGCGCGAUGGCCGGGCCGCCCGCCCGCGGGACGGGGCAGCGGGAAAGCACCGAGCUCUGGGUGUUUAACGUGAGGCGGCGGCCGCUUUCCCGCGCAGCGCCUGGGCCCGGCCGGCGCCGCCGAGCCGACGGAGCGUUGCCGAGUUCGGCCGAACCGGGCCGAGCGGCGCCGAGGGCAGCGCCUGGCCCCGAAUUCAGCCGAACCGAGCCGAGCUUCGCCGAACGACCGAGGAUUGCCGAAUUCGGCCGAACCG